AGAAUGGCCUCGACUGCUCCACCACCUGAUCCCAGUUUGGAUGCUGAAUGGGAGGAAUGGAAGACGAAAUUUGAAAAAUCCUACAGCCCGGAUGAAGAAAAGUACCGAAGGUCGGUGUGGGAGGAGGAGAAGAAGAAGAUUGAGGAGCACAAUUCAGAGUACGAGCAGGGCAAGACCAGCUUCUCCGAGGGCCUGAAUGAAUUCAGCGACAUGACUUAUGAAGAAUUCAGGAAAACUUGCUGUGGGAACUUACUGUGGACAGAAGAAGAACUGGAUUGUGACAUAAAGAAGUAUACGGAUGUGACAAAAGACAACGAUGUGACACCUGAGAAGGAUCAGGAGCCCUCUACCUCAAGAUGUGACCAAUGUGACGGUGCCAUGGACAUGGGGAAAAGUAGAAGAAGAAACAGCAGGGAGUCUCUUCAUUCAUUACAGUGA